GAGAAAUGAUCUAACCGUACACAAUUAGGAAACUCUCUCUUUCACGGUCGCCAUUAAUGGACGUUGAGCAAGUCAUGAAGCUCUUUGAUUCUUGCUGGUUUGAGCUUGAAAUCCUCAAGAAAGUACCGAAUCCGUCGGAUUCAUCAAGUUCUGAAGCAAACCCAGAUCACCAAAUUCAAGAAGGACCGUCAAAACGAGAGAUUUCACGCGUCCCAACCCUCCAUACCAGGUCCAUGAGCGACCAAUCGAGCUCCAAAACAAGCUUCAAAUCUGCUGCUCUGUCUCCGGUCUCGGUCCUCCUCACGGCCAAACUCCACACCAUCCAUUCCGGAAAAGAGGUGACAGAAUCGGAACCAGAGCAACCAAAGCCGACAGAUUUCGAAGUGUCAUCCAAGAAGAAGAUGACAAGGGAAAGAGGCGGAACCAAGAGCUUGUCUGACCUCGAAUUUGAGGAGCUAAAAGGGUUUAUGGAUCUGGGGUUUGUUUUCUCCGAUGAAGAUAGAAAUGAUUCAAACUUGGCUUCCAUCCUUCCUGGAUUGCAAAGAUUCGGAAAGAAAGAUGGGGAAGAAGAGGAGAUUGAUGAGUCUGCAAUCUCAAGGCCUUAUCUUUCUGAAGCUUGGGAGGUUUUUGAGAGGAGAAAGGCAGAGAAUCCAUUGAUGAAUUGGAGAAUUCCUGCUUUGAGCAGUGAGAUUAACAUCAAAGAUAGUCUAAGAUUGUGGGCUCAUACUGUUGCUUCCACCGUCAGAUGAGGAUGAAUCCAGUUGAAGCUGAAGAUCAAGCUACUUUUUCCAUUUUUCUUUUAUAAACUGUUGGAGAUAAUUGUUUUUGCUUGUUCCUUUUUGAGAGGAUUUUUUGGAUGAACAAGUUACCAUGUAUGAGUGAGUAUGCAUUCCCAAUAUACAAUUACAAUGUAUAGAAUUUUUUGUAUCAAUACAGUCAUUAUUUGUAUCAA